GUGAAAAGCCGCGGGGACAUAACUCUAAUCUAUCAAAAGCAAGCUGUUGAUGCUGAGUGAUGCUGAUCCAGUAACAGAAAAACUAAAUAAACCAUGGGAGACGAAGACGAAAAGGGAUACAGAUGGGAAACCGAAUAUGAAAAGACUUGGGAAGUUAUUGAAGAAGAUGAUGAUGGCACUAUCCAAUCAAGUGUGGAUGACAUCAUACACAAGGCCAAGAGGCGGCGUCUCAUGGAAAAACUUGGCAAUAUUAGACUUGGAAUGAUGCGACAUUUGUUCUUAGUCAUAGAUCUUUCAGAUGCAAUGAAAGAUCAGGACCUGAAACCUACGCGCCUGGCGUCAACACUAAAGCUGCUGGAACAUUUUGUGGAGGAGUACUUCGACCAGAACCCUAUUAGCCAACUGGGUAUCAUAACAACUCGUAACAAGAGGGCAGAAAAGGUAGCAGAGCUGGGAGGAAACCCUCGUCGUCACAUCACCACACUUCAGUCUCUUGUCAAUAAAACCUGCCAGGGAGAACCAUCACUUCAGAAUUCUCUUGACCUAGCCAACCAGACACUCAGACACAUGCCAAGUCAUGCAAGUCGUGAAGUGUUAGUUGUCCUAGGGAGUCUCACAUCCUGUGAUCCGGGAGAUAUAUCGGAGACGAUACAGUUGCUGAAAGACAACAAUGUAAGAUGCUCAAUCAUAGGUCUGGCUGCCGAGGUCCGUGUUUGUAAGAGAAUAUGUCAGGAAACAAACGGUAAAUACUUUGUGAUACUGGAUGAAGGUCACUACAAAGAUCUCCUUAUCUCCCAUGUAACACCGCCUCCAGCAACGAGCACCACAGAAUCUUCCCUGAUUAAAAUGGGAUUUCCUCACCACAGUUUGAGUGGAGACAAGAACAAAGGCGAGAAGGCUUCUAUGUGUAUGUGUCACCUGGACAGCAAGGUGAACCAAGGCUUUAGCAGCAGUGGUUAUUUCUGUCCCCAGUGUAAGAGUAAAUAUUGUGAGCUGCCCAUUGAAUGUAAAUCCUGUGGUUUGACGUUAGUAUCAGCACCACACUUGGCACGGUCAUACCACCACCUGUUUCCACUGGAGACUUUUAUGGAGACUCCAGUGUCUAGUAUACCCACAGACUCAGCAGUAUGCUGCUUUUCAUGCCAAAUUGCUGUGGAAGACCCAAAUGUGUACCAGUGUGGGAGGUGUCAGCAGCUGUACUGUCUAGACUGUGAUCUGUUUAUCCACGAGACACUACAUUCCUGCCCAGGCUGUGCCUGUUCUAGGGAAACACAAGAAUCCUCACAACAGUUUGUCGGAUUAACCUGAUACAAUGUACCUUUAAUUUGUUACAUUUUUUUUAUAUUUUUGUAUACUGUUAAAGAACAAAAUAAAACCUGAUAUCAGUCUUUUUUC